AUGUUUCUUUCUCCCCGAUUACUUUUUCCCCUGGCUCUCAUCGCCUUCCAUGUGAAUGCAGCACUGUAUCAUCCCACGCCACAGCAGUCUCUUCUCGAGCACAUUCUCGUCGAUAAUUGGGGUGCAUACGCGUCUAACUUCUCGUCGGCAAUCACGCCCUGCGAUCGCUAUGUCACGCAAACAGGGACUGCAGCACUGACGAGCGGGCGUACAACAGCUGCGCAAUGGAUGCGCGUUCUCUUCCACGACUUUAUCACUGCCGAUGUGGCAAAAGGAACUGGAGGUGUCGAUGCGAGCAUCGGCUUCGAGACUGCACGAGAAGAAAAUAAAGGGAGUGCGUUCAAUGAUAGUUUUACAUUCUGGAGGCCGUUUGUAAAUGAAUAUGUGAGCAUGGCCGACCUCGUUGCGCUGGGUACGGUCAUGUCGAAUAAUCUCUGCGGCGGCAAAGACAUGGCCUACCGACCUGGACGCGUCGACGCCACUGAAGCAGGAAUCACGACUGGAGUGCCCGCCCCAGAAACCAGUUUAGAAGAAACACUGGAGUUCUUCGAGCGCGCUGGGUUCGGAAAGAAAGAUGCCAUUGGCCUUACAGCCUGUGGCCAUACCAUGGGCUCUGUUCAUCAUGGCGGCUUCCCCGAAGUCGUAGAUGAGUCCUUUGUUACACCCAACAAUACCAAUGGUGGCAGCAACUUUGAUACCACACGCAGCAUCUUCGAUCCCAGAGUCGUUGCCGAGUACCUCAACGGCACAGGAAGCCGUGGUGGCCCCCUCCUCAUGGGCCGCGCGAUUGAAACCGUGCCAAAUGGUGUGCAACUGGGCGAUCCGAUUACCGCGAUGCCCGUGAAGCCCAUAAAUGUGACGUACGACUUUGACGAGGACAAGAAGUUAGUACUUUCAGGAAAAAUCAGGAUUCUCACGCCAGGAAAUGCUUCGCCGCCUCAAACCCUCAGCCUUCACAUUGGCCAAGCAGAGGAAACACUUGUCGCGGAAGCUGAGACCGGCACUUCGGUCUUUGGUCGUGAAAACGCCAAUUACGGGAUCACUACAUAUUUUCCGUUUGUGCUCUCAGGACCGGUAAUUCGGAACGCUACGGUCUUGACCGUCAGGGGCCCUACGAUAUCCGAGCAGACUUUUGAUAUCAGCAGUCAAGUGUUCAUCGUACCAAGUGCAACGACGAUGCAAGGAAAAACGCUAAGUGUCACGGUUGCUGUGGCUAAGCCAUAUUCAUGCGAUACUCUUUCAGUGCGCACAGCAGCGCCACUUACCCAGCCAGGAACACUGGCGCCGAAGAUGAGUCAGAGGACUGCGGAUUUGGGAAAAGCUAACGGAUCGGUUGAUGUGUAUACGCUCUGUCAGGGUGUUGCUACAAUAAGUGGCUUACCCACGGGUCUAGUGACUGUGGAAGCGGCAGUCGGAAAGAAAGUGGUGGAUACAUUGUUGGUCGACGGUGGCACGGCAGGCUGGUAAAUGGAAGACUGUCUAUUUCUGCAAUUCGUUGUGGUAUUUCAUCUUUUGGGCAGUAGCGGCUAAAGGGCGAGCAUAUAACUGUGUACAAUAUGAACAGGUACCCUUGCAUGUCGCCAUACAUGUACUAUUGUAAUUGAAACC